AUGAAUAGACAAGGCGGUAUGAAUGCAGGAGUACAGAACAACCCACCAUCUCGAGUGGUAUAUCUGGGCUCUAUACCGUAUGAUCAAACAGAAGAACAGAUCCUUGAUUUGUGCAGUAAUGUUGGGCCUGUGAUCAAUUUGAAAAUGAUGUUUGACCCUCAGACUGGUAGAUCAAAAGGUUAUGCGUUUAUCGAAUUUAGAGAUUUGGAAUCUAGCGCUAGCGCGGUACGUAAUUUGAACGGAUACCAACUAGGUUCUAGAUUUUUGAAGUGCGGCUACUCCAGUAAUAGCGAUAUAUCUGGUGUUUCACAGCAGCAGCAACAGCAGCAGUAUAAUGCCAGUAAUGGAAAUAACAACAACAGUAGCAACGGUGGAAAUAACAAUAAUAACAAUGGACCUGAUUUUCAAAACAGCGGGAAUUCUAAUUUUCUGAGUCAGAAAUUUCCCGAAUUGCCCUCUGGUAUCGAUGUCAAUAUAAAUAUGACCACUCCUGCUAUGAUGAUAUCCAGCGAAUUGGCCAAAAAACCCAAAGAAGUACAGUUGAAAUUUCUUCAGAAGUUUCAAGAAUGGACAAGAACACACCCUGAAGAUGCUGUUUCGCUACUAGAGUUGUGUCCUCAACUGAGUUUUGUCACAGCUGAAUUACUGCUAACGAAUGGGAUAUGCAAAGUGGAUGAUUUGAUCCCGUUAGCUUCUAGGCCACAGGAAGAGGCGUCGGCUACGAAUAAUAACAGCGUCAACGAGGUGAUGGAUCCUUCAGUGCUCAAUAAACAAAAGGAUCUACUAAAACAAGUGUUACAACUGAAUGACAGUCAAAUCGCUAUCUUACCUGAUGACGAAAGGAUGGCUAUUUGGGAUCUAAAACAAAAAGCAUUAAGGGGAGAAUUUGGUGCAUUCUGA